GCUUCCGCCGGAAGCGCGGGCUGUUGUUAGGCGCCGCCGUUACCGGGGGAGGCCUAGCGCGCCAUGGCGGGCAACAGUCGCUCUGUGAAGCUGGGCAGCUUGUUCAGCCGCACGACGAGCCUGCUCCGCAGCGGGUUGUUGCGGAAGCCGCCCGUGUGGUACGAGGUGUACGCCGCCUUCCCGCCGCGCCGCGAGCCGCUGUACCGCCCCCCACGCCACUUCAUCCUCCCAGUCAAGGACACGGUGCCGGACAUCGUGUACCCGGAGGACGUCGUCCGAGCGAAAUUUUACAAAGUUUAUGGGAGCAGUUUGAGACCCUUUCAGCUCCAACGAAAGAACUUUAAAUCCUCUUGCCAGAGGUUUGUGGAGGAAUACAAUAAAUUGAAGAAAGAAGGGGAAAUUAAGGAGGAAAAUCUGUUUGAGGAAACGAAAAACUUGCUUUUAGCAAAGGGGGUGGCUCUGUGGAGAAAAGCAGCUGUGAAUGUAAUACCAAAGGCUGGUCAGCCUGCUGAAACGGCAUUCACAGUGACGCUGCAAAACAUAUUGAAGAAUCAAGUUCAUGAAGAGCAGCAGCUGGAAUCCACAGAAGGGCAGAAGGAAAAUCCUUUACCAUCCUAGCAGUUUUGUUUCUCAGCUCAGUUGCCCUGGGAUAUAAUGUAACAACGUGUUACCCACCUAUGGUCUGGUUGAACAAUGAUGGCACAUGAACCAUCCGACUGUAAGAUGCUUACGUGAAUGAAGCAUAGUUCAGUUGUUGAAUUGUGUUGCCUUGCAUGAACCUGUGUGAGAUGCUAACUUCAGCGUUCAUCUCCCUCCCCUCCCCUCCCGCCUUUAAAAUGGAGUUUGUCCUCAAAGGUUCAGGGCUUUCUUAUAUCCUGAAGUGGAAAAUAUGUUGGAGAUUACAGUGGAUUAGACUAUUAAAUUUUGGAUUAUAUUCA